GGCGCGCGCGGGCAGAGCGCGGGGGCGCGCGGGCGGCGCCCCCGGCCGCGCUCGCCGCUAACCUGCUCGGCCCAGGAUGUGGCUUCGCGGUGACGUCAGGCCCAGAUGUUUUCCCAGGCCCCGCCCCCGCAGGGCUCUGGGCGACUCCGAGGAGCAAUAACGGGGAAAGCUUAUUCUACUGUCACAAUGCGAGGGAAGGGCUAGAGACACUGCUUUUUUACUUUAUUGCCUUCCAGAAAACCAGCAUUAACUCCUACUCCAAGCAACAAGCUGCCAGCGCUAGGAUCUGCUCUUCGUUUUUUCUCUUUCAUUGGACUUCCAAAGCUUUUUUUGAUUUGGGGACAAGCUGGGUGUGAUCGUCACGAACAAAGUGCAUUUUUCAUAGCUGCUCAGUCAUCCCUUACUUCUACAAAGAGAUCCUAAGAAACAGGAGAGGAAAAAGUCUGCUUACAUUAUCUUUUUUAAAAGAGAGCAGUGCUUUUUUUUUUUUUUUUUUUGGAUUUCUUUUUAAACUCAUGAAAAAUGGCAACAGCAGCAUAUGUGGAUCAUUUUGCAGCCGAGUGCCUUGUUUCUAUGUCCAGUCGUGCUAUUAUCCAUAGCCCCAAAGGGGAGUCCGAUUCCCAACCUGAUGCAGCAAUGCCGCCUUCGUCAAACGGAGACGAUAAGCGCGAAGUCCGAGAGUCCGGGAAAGACAAUGGAUCAUCAUUAUUUGUGGUAGCUAGCAUUUUGGCAGAUCUGAACCAGCAUGUCCGAAACUCACCUGCUCUUCGGACGGAAAAGCCAGAGACCUUUGAUAUCACAGAACAAAUACACAUUUCUAUUGCUCCUAAGGAGUUUGGGGAAGAAAGUGUGUCCUCGGCUGGUAAGCGUGGAGAAGGAAAAGCAGCCACACCUACUACCCUGGCUGCAGUAACCGAGCCAAGCCCCAGACAAAAGAACAAACGCGGGAGAAGCUGGACUGACCCCGGAUCACCCCAGAAAAAGCACAAAUGCCACUAUGUGGGGUGUGAAAAAGUUUAUGGCAAAUCUUCCCAUCUUAAAGCUCAUCUAAGGACCCACACAGGUGAGCGGCCUUUCGAAUGCAACUGGCAAGGCUGCAACAAGAAGUUUGCUCGCUCCGACGAGCUGGCCCGCCAUUACCGCACUCACACUGGAGAAAAGAAGUUCGGCUGCCCUCUCUGCGAGAAGCGCUUCAUGCGCAGCGACCACCUGACGAAGCACGCCCGCCGGCACGCCAACUUCCACCCCAGCAUGCUCAAGAGGCGAAGCGGGAGCAGCUCCAGGACAGGGUCUGUCAGCGACUAUAGCCGCUCGGAUGCCUCGAGCCCCACGAUUAGCCCCGCCAGUUCCCCGUAGACCUACCUGCACUGGAUGUCAGCACUUUGCCCCUGUUAUCUAUCGUGGAGUUUCAGUUGUGUUGCACACGUUUUAAAAACUCUGUUGCUUCCCCCCUAAUUUGUCCCCCCCCCCCUUUUUUUUAAAUCAGUAAAUAGCUGCCUCCCACUGCAAUUUCCAGACAGAUUUUCUUUACCUGGCCACGCCAGCAGCCAUUCUAACCUCAUGGACAGACGGACUUACAUGUUCCACUUUGUGACUCCUGCUGUCUCAAUAUUUCAUACAUUUUAUAACCAUAAACAAAUCCUCUUGAUUAUUCUUUAUAAGAAAAUGAGAAAAUCUAAAAAAGAAAAAAAAAACACUUCAAUUCACCUCAGGUGUCAAAGUAGUUUUGUAAGACCAGAUUGCACAACACGAGCAUACAUACACUUACAAAUCAACUGUCGGACUGUGUCCCCCUUCUCCUUUCUCAGGGAUGGAUAUUUAUGUUACACAAUAAUUACAGUGAAGACACACCCUAACCGCAGCCUUACUCUGUAAAUAUAUUUGCACUCAGAAAGCUUUUUGCUAGGUUCUUUCACACACUGGGGAAAAAAUAAAAAAAACAAACAAACAAAACAAAAACCAAACCAGUACUGGAAUGUAGUACCAGACUCUUCCAUUGCCUGAUUUCCUGGUUACACAUCUGCACCGGGAAGCACCCAAACAGGAGUCUUCUUUCCUUUCUUCAAGCUGCCCUCUGCUUUUGGUAGCACGCCAUCUUUUCACUUCAUGCUGAAGAUGCUCCAGAACCAGCUUCCUAUCGCAAAAAUCUCUGUGAGGUUGAUGAACUUCUUUUUUUUGGUUGUUUAAUGCUAGAUAAAAUUCUGAGAAAAAGUUCUAAACAAGAUGCCUUAAGUAAGUAACACAAACAUAAGGAAACACAUUUACACUGGGUAACGUUUUCCUGCAAGGUGGCGUGGCAUUUUGGAGGCAUUCAGUCUUCACUUUCUCCAAGUUGUUAAGCUCUCUGCACUGCCUGUUCAGUAUGGGACCAACAGAAUAUUCAAAUCAAAUCACAUUGACUUGAACAACUUUAUUCUUCUUUUGUUCUUUUUGUUUUAUGAACUAUGGAAAUAGCAUAGCUGAACCAAUGCCCAUCAAAACUUUUAUCAAGGUACUUACCUACUGUACAGCCAUAUCUUAGAAAGACAAAAUGCCCAAGACAAAGUUUCUGUAUCUUGCUGCCUCAGAAUCGCGGUCAUCACUGAUGAAAGGAAACAAAAGUCAUCAUAAGGUAUCUUCUGACUGGAAAAAUAAAAUAUAGAUUUCUAAGUGUUAAAAAAAUGGCAUUUUAGCUCAGCAGUACUUCAGGUUUCUCAUAUAUACAUAUACCAGCAUAAAGAAGGGCUCUUGCAUUUCUGAGUAACUGCUUAAAAACAUAAAGGGAAUCUUGGCUAUUUUUCAGUAAUUUUAUAAUAUUGGGCUCUAGGUAGAGCACUAGGAGGGAGAUUUCUAUGUUUUAUAUGAUAGAGAAUAGAGCAAAAGAUCAGAGCAUUGUGUUGUGUCAGAGACCUCACUGGCAGCAAAUAUGCUUUCAUUGGUUUGGCUCACUCAGAUGGUGCAUAUUAGAAAUGUAGGUCCUUUUGAUUCUGGAGUUCUUUGUUUUUUGUGUGGUUUUUUUUUUUUUUUUUUUUUUUUUUUUUUUUUUUUUUGUUAGCAUUACUGUAGGGUAUAAAUGCAGUCAAGUGUAGCACGGUGAAAAGAAACUCUGUACACCAAACCUGCUGUUUGAUAUCAAGUGAAUGCCUCCACAUUCCAGAUGAAUCUGUAUCUUCCUUCCUUGCUGCUUUGCAUUGAUCCGGUUUUGCAAGUUUUUUGUACUGUAUGUUAACUGUGAGAGGCUAACAUAGAUUUGCAAGUAGUUUCAUAGGUACUUCAUAACAUUUACGUUAUUCCUAAUACUAAGCAUUCUGUUAGUUGUAUGGAUAAAUACUUAAAACCAGUUCAAACUGCAGAUAUUUCAGGUUUUUUUCAUGUUUAUUUGCUUCAGAUUUCACCUUUAUAAAAUCAUGAUUUUCUCCUUUUGAAUUCUAAGUCAAACUAGGCAAAAUUUUACUGUUUGCUAUAAAGAAAAUGAAACAUAGCAAGAUUUUUUGCAAGAAGACAGUUGUUGAAUUUGUGUAAUGAGUUGCCUAACCACUGUGGAUUAGGGGAAAGCCAGAUAUGUUUACCUCCAUAGAUUUCCUUUUUUCUUUAUUUUUUUAAGCUCAUCUGCUGAGAUACACAAUAUUAACAGUUUGAUACAAUUCAGGUAACAGGAAUGCACAUUCCAAUCAUUUCUGUGACUGAUAAAAGUGCUUUUGUGCUGUAGUUAGUAAAGGGGCAAUUAAGAUAUCCAGCUAAAGGAAUUCUACAGGUCAGCUGUGCCUUGUGCACAUACUUUAAAACAAUUAAUAAAAUACGCAUUUCUCAUUACGGUUAUAUCAUAAUAGAAGGAAAUGAGGAAAAAAUGAAAACAAAGGAGAACUAAAUAUCACCAAAAAUUACAGGCUUUGCGUUCUAAUUUCAGUUUGUUAUAAAAUCACCCCCUCCAAUAAAAGCAUAAUUUAAUUUCUUUAGCAAAGAAAGAUCCAAUCCAGUCUAUUUAUUUAGGGCAUAAUAUUCAGCAUGAAUCAAUGGGAUGUAGGUACUUCAUAAACAAAUGUUUUGGAGAAAGGGCAUUCCCACCAUGUUAUGUCAGUACUGAGAUUAUGGGAGAUAAAGAUUAUGGGACAACCUAUUCUGAAUGAUACAAGAACCAAGUGAUCUUUAACUCAAAUAGCAAGCUAAAUAUUUUUUACAUAUUUUCCUCAUAUAGAUUAUUAAUAAUUCUCCAAGAUUAAAUGGAAAAAAAUAUUGGUUCAAAGCUGAAUUUCCAGUUCAGCCAGUUGGUUUAAUGAGAAGGCUGUGAGACUAAAUAUAGUCAACAUAGCUAUACUUCAGGAAAUUUCUCUGAAAUUUGCCUUUACAACUUUAAAAUUUUUAUGUUUUAGCUAUAAACACCUUAGAGAGAGUUAUGUGGACAGUCAAAUUAGCAUGUUUUAGUAUCCUAACUAGAGCUUCAAAAUUCCCAUUAAAUGUUUAAUAAAUGCUAGUUUUAGGACACAAUGAUGAAUUCCAAACCACUAGUAGUUUUCAAAAUUGAAUGUAAACAAAACUUCUCUCAAUAUUCUCAUCUGUAAAGAGAGAGUUUGGGUUUUCCGGCAUCUACUUAGAAGCAGAAGUGCCAGCAAGGUCAUAAGACUCGGUUCUCAUGACUGCUUCGCCUGAGAUUUACAGACGUGAGAAGUCCGAAUAGCUCGAAUUAUGUUUUGCAAUCUAGGUGCUUAUCCAAACUGACCUCAAACUUUUACCCUUUUGUUGUCUCAGCCGGUGGCCUGACCUCAGCCAGCCCCCUGGCACAGCAGCAAGCACUGCGCGCUCAGGAAGCACUGCUCGGACAAGGCGCAAGCCUCUUCUCGGUCCUCCGGCGGGAGGGCAUCUCUCCCCGCUUCUGCCUCCUGCUUUCCCCGUAACCUGUUGAGGUAGAUCGUCACAAACCCCAGAACUGCCUUGGAUUUUUUUUUUUUAAUUUCAGAACAUAAUAAUAGGUUAUUAACAUUAAGGAAACCCCCAAAGUUUGUUUACUUUUCUCCAGCCAUGAUUCCAGCUUCCUCUCUUAAGAGCUGAGCUGCACUGCCUUGACAUAGGAAAAGGUACAAACUAAGAUCAUCACUUCACUACCAGCAUUCAACUGAAACUAAAGCUACUCACCAUCUCUCCAAACUAUCAGCUCAUAUUUUAGGGUCAAGAUGCUCAUUGUGCUCUGUGGAAACAGAGAGAAAUGAGAGAGAGAUCAGUGUCCUCCAGAUUUCUAAUCAAAUUUAAUUGAUAUAAUUUAGGCUAGCUCUCAGAAACUCGUUCACCCCUUCCAUUAACCUCAUCCUGUGCAAACGCCUAAAGUGCAUUAAUGGCCACAUGAAUUCAGUUUUCCUCCUGCUUCUUAGAAAGCAGUCCUGGUAAACUCUAGGCAGCUACAUUUUAUUGUGUGAGCACCCCCUCAUCCUUUGUACAUCUGCAAAUUAGCUGUUCUUUGCUUCUGUAACAUAUGCGUAGUGUCUGUUUACAUAAGUGUAAAUGUAUAUAUUUAUAACAAGACAUCAGAAGCCUCUGUCUGAUGGUAGCACCCGAUUCCUGUAUGUGCCCUACCCUCCUUGCUGCAUUAACUUUUAUCUCCAAGAGCCCCUGUAAAGCUUUAAAGCCUCCCUAGCUGCUCUGCAGAAGCGGAGCGCGUCUCAUGUUUCGGGCAGGCUGGCCGGGGAAGGCUGUGGAGGACCUUACCCCUUCCUAGUCGCUCACGUUCACGACUGGCUCUGUCCGGGUCUCGGUCAUGAAUCUGGGAUUUGAGCUGCGUUGUUGUUUGGGGGAACGUGAUUCAUGAACAAAGAGUAAGGAAAAUGAACUCUACGUAUUUAAAGCUUGCCUUUCCGUAGCCACUUGAUUUAUUAAUUUCACCACGUGAUGCCUACAAACUGACUUUCAGGUGCUCUUUUACUCCCUUACACCAUCUGUUUGUACAUUUGGUGCUAACAUAUAGUUGGUCAGUGAAUGGUAUGAUGAAAUUCUGUAUUUUUUACCUUUUGGGGAUAAAGCUAUAGCCCUAGGCAGCCUAGAAAAUAACUGAAUUAUACUUGUUUACCCCCUAGACAAGAAUAUAGAAGACAAGAGCCCAUCCACUGGUAUAGGUUUUUUAUAUAUAUAAAUAUAUAUGUGUAUAUAUAUGGGUUUAUAGAAACGUGCACAUGUAUAUAAAUACAUAUAUAUGUGUAUAUUUUUUUAGUAUGUGUGUGUAUAUGCAUAAACACACAUCAGUGUAUAUAUACACACAGAAUAAUGAAGGGAUGUCUACAGAGCAAAAAUAGGUAUCCAUUUCUUUAUACCUAGCGAUGGGUCUGAACCAAAAUCCUAGAUUCAAACGCCAUUGCCUGUGGGAAGUUUGAGUCCCCUCUUCAAGACUUGCGGUUGAGCUUCAUCCCUCGUUGGAGCCGCAGUUACGUGGGGCCUUCCGGGGACGGUGCCGCUCGCGUGCCCGCGCCUCCGCCUGCACGGGUUUACAUGCUUUCAGCCGUGCUGAACCGUGAUGUUACUGGUGUCGUCUUCACCCAGACGAUUUUGUCAGCAGCACAUCAGUGCUCCCAUGGGUCACUUUGCAACUCUAUAAAUCACUACAUUGAAGUAUUACAGUUGUACAGUUAUAUGCUAAUCUAUUCUUGCUCUGCUGUAACUUUUUAUGUAUUUUAUACUGCAUAGAUCAUAUAUCAUGACAAUGUCCUAUGCAACAACAGUAAAAAAGGAAAAAGAAAGAAUAACAACUGUAAAAUAUCAUCUUAACUUGUAUGCAUGGUUAGUGACAUUUACAUUUUCCAGAAUAAAACUUAUAAUUAUGAA